UCUAGCACAUGUAUGUAUGUACCCACAAGCAAACAAAAAAUGUGGGCCCACCUUUUCUAGCUAGCUUAAAAGUGUACACCAUAGUUUGCAAUAGCUAUGGCCGAGAGACCAAACUGUGAACAAAAGUACAUAUUUAGAAUUGUACAACUUUUCAAGAAUGAUACCCUUGGUACUGGCUCCUAUGGAGCAGUGUGUAAAGCCAAGUGUGACCAGCUACUCUGUGCUGCCAAGCUACUCUAUCCAGUGCUCUUCCAAAUGACUGCUCCUGAUCCUGGCAAAGAACAUAGACAGCCAUUCAAAAGAUUCGAAUUCGAAUGCCAAUUUCUUAGUCGCAUCAACCACCCCAACAUUGUACAGUACCUAGGGACCUAUCGUGAUCCCGACACAAAUGCACCAGUUCUCCUCAUGGAGCUCAUGGAUGAGAGUCUGACACACUUCUUAGAGUCAUCACCUGGAAACAUUCCCUACCACAUCCAAGUCAACCUCUCCUCUGACAUAGCUCAAGCACUUGCCUUCCUCCACUCCAAUGGGAUCAUUCAUCGUGAUCUCUCCAGCAACAAUGUCCUACUGAUUGCAGGCAGUCGAGCUAAAGUUACUGAUUUCGGAAUGUCCAAAUUUAGAGACAUAAAUAUCACCCGACUAGCCACAAUGACCACAUGCCCGGGAACACCAGCCUUCAUGUCUCCUGAGGCACUAAACGAACCACCAGUAUACACAGAGAAACUAGACAACUUCUCAUUUGGUGUGCUUCUAGUUCAGACCACAACUAGACAGUUUCCAAAUCCAACCAAUCGAUUUGUAAACGUUCAAAUUCCUGAUCCACGAAACCCAAUUCACUUAGUUGAAGCUAAGCUGCCAAUUCCAGAACUGGAAAGACGUCAAGCCCAUAUCAGUCUGAUUGAGCCCACCCACCCAUUACUGCCGAUAGCUCGUCACUGCCUCAAAGACAGAGAUAUUGAACGACUAUCUUCCCAACAGCUUUGCCAAACAUUGGAUCCUCUCAAAAAGACAGCCAGGUACCAAGAAAGCUCCCAACAAAACAUGCACCAGCUAAUCAGAGAGAAAGAUGAACAAUUACAAGCAAAUCGAGAGACAAUAACACACAAAAAUGAGCAGCUACAAACAAAGGACCUUAAAAAUGGUGAACUCACUACAAGCCUAUGCCAAAAAACAAAAGAAAUGCAAACCCUUCAAGACGCGGACGAAGCCAGGGAGAGGCAGUUGAAGAGACUCAACCAAAAGUUGCUAUCAAGUGAAGACAACACUGCUGCCCUCCAACAAGCCAUCGAUCAACGAGACAGAGAAGUGACUCAAUUGAGAGAAAUAUUGGCAAACAAGAAUGAAGAAAUUCACGAUCUAUCGACUCGAGUACACCAAGUCGCACUGCAAGAUGAGCAAGCUACUGUAACACCAAUGAAACGUGUUACAAUAGAGUCACUACCUGAUGCACCUGUUGAUAUUGGGUAUGGAUCCUCAACCGUGAUUGGAAACAAGGCAUACUUUAAUAAUGGAAAUAAAAUUGUUUAUGAGUUCAGCAACAAACAGUGGCACAAGUUACCACCUUGUACGAACACAUACUUCACUAUUGUCAGUGUUAAUGACAUGCUCACAACUGUAGGGGGACAGUCAGACACACAGCGCUAUAGUAACAUAUUCUACAGCUACAUUAAAAACAAAUGGGUCAAACACUUCCCUCCCAUGCCAACCGGACGGAGGAGACCUGGAGCUGUGUACGCUAACAACACACUUGUAGUGGCUGGGGGAUUAUGUGAUUCAAAAAAAAUUGCUACUGUUGAGAUAUUAAACACUUCAAACAUGCGAUGGUCUAUUGUUAGCUCACUACCGGUACUAACCAAUCAACCAUCAACAGCGAUCUGUGGAGACUAUGUGUACAUACAUCCACAGACUAGUGAUGGUCAAGAGAAGUAUUCAGUGUACAAAUGCUCAUUAAGUCAACUAACUGAGUCCCAGCCAAGCUCGGCUAUAUGGGAGAAGAUUGCCACUUUGCCAGUUUGCUGGUCCUCUCUUGUUACCGUCAAUGGCCACCUGCUGGCAGUGGGUGGCUGGAACUCCAAUAGAGAUAACACUACGGACAUAAUUUUAUAUCAGCAUAACAUGACAACAUGGACUGUCGUUAGUCAAAUGUCAACACCUCGAUCGUUAUGCCUCACUGCAGCCCUCCCUGGGAACAAACUGAUGGUUGUGGGAGGAGAUGGUGCACUGAGAAAAUGUGCAGUAGCUACUUUUUUAUAGUGUAAUUGUGCUUUUGUGUCUUAUUGUAAUAAUUAUAUUAUCCUGUACAAAAUUUGAAAGACAAACAAGUACAAAUUUGUGAAA